GCUGGACUCUUCCCGGCCGGCGGAGCUUCCUCCGUCUCCCGGCGUCCUCUGCCCGCUGUCGGGGCUCCUCUCCGGUCGUCCCUGCUGCUCAUCGGGGUUUUGUAGCUUUCCGCGGCGGCAGCGCGCCAGUAUUUGUCCAGAAUGGUGUUAAGAAAGAGACUAAAACGAGGCUUUGUAGUUGAAGUUAGCUCAGGGAGAGCUAAUGCGAGCUAAUGCUAAUGCUAGGCGUGGCUUCCUUUUUUCAUCUUAGAAACAUUUUAUAGUUUCAUUUUUGUUUUGUUUUUUGUUUUUUUUUUGUAAAUCACAGCAGUUUCUUUUGCUGUGUGUGGUGAAAAUCCUGUGAAAUGAAGAGAGUGAACAGCUUCCAGAGGUUCAUGAACCGCCGCGCCUCUGCUAACUGCCGCUACCAGCCCACCUGCUACGAGCACGCCGCCAACUGCUACACCCACGCUCUCCUCAUCGUUCCGGCCUUCGUGGGCAUGACGCUGCUGCACCGCCUGUCGGAGAGCCGCUGGGAGAGGAUCACGGCCCUGGUCUACGGUCUGGGCCUGUGCGCCCUGUUCCUGGUGUCCACCGUCUUCCACAUCGUCACCUGGAAGAAGAGCCACAUGAGGGCGGUGGAGCAGUGCUUCCACAUGUGUGACCGAGUGGUCAUCUACUUCUUCAUCGCCGCCUCCUACACACCCUGGUUGAACCUCCGUGAGCUGGGUCCUCUGGCGGCUCACAUGCGCUGGUUCGUGUGGCUCAUGGCCGCCGCUGGAACCAUCUACGUCUUCAACUACCACGAGAAGUACAAGCUGGUGGAGCUGGCCUUCUACCUGGCCAUGGGCUUCCUCCCUGCCUCGGUGGUGACGUCCAUGAGCAACACAGAGGGCCUGCAGGAGCUGGCGUGCGGCGGCCUGAUCUACUGCCUGGGCGUCGUCUUCUUCAAGAGCGACGGCGUCAUCCCCUUCGCCCACGCCAUCUGGCACGUCUUCGUGGCGCUCGCCGCCGCCGUGCACUACUACGCCAUCUGGAAGUACCUCUACAGGAGCCCCGGCGCUGAGGCCGGGCCGCCGCAUGGCGACCUCUGACCCCAUGUUGCCGCACGCCAACCUGUGACCCCGGGCCGCCGCACACCGACCUCUGACUUCUGACCCCGGAAUGCCGUACACCGACCUCUGACCCCGGGCCGCCGCACGCCGACCUCUGACUUCUGACCCUGGGCCGCCGCACGCCGACCCCUGACCCCGGGCCGCCGCACGCCGACCUCUGACCCUGGACCGCCGCACGCCGACCUCUGACCCUGGACCGCCGCACGCCGACCUCUGACCCUGGACCGCCGCACGCCGACCUCUGACCCUGGACCGCCGCACGCUGACCUCUGACCCUGGACUGCCGCACGCCGACCUCUGACCUGUGACCCUGGACCGCCGCACGCCGACCUCUGACCCUGGACUGCCGCACGCCGACCUGUGACCCUGGACCGCCACACGCCGACCUGUGACCCUGGACCGCCGCACGCCGACCUCUGAACCUGGACCGCCGCACGCCGACCUCUGACCCUGGACCGCCGCACAUCAACAUCUGAUCUGUGACCCCGGACUGCUGCACCCUGACCUCUGACCCCGGGCCGCCACACGUCGAACUCUGAACCCGGGCCACCGCACGCCGAUCUCUGACCCCGGGCUGCCGCAUGCUGACAGCUGACCUGUGACCCCGGACUGCUGCACCCUGACCUCUGACCUGUGACCCCGAGCUGCAGCACGUUGACCUCUGACCUCGGGCCGCCACACGCUGACCUCUGACCCUGGGCCGCCGCAUGCCGACAUCUGACCUGUGACCCCGGACUGCUGCUCCCUGACCCCGGGCCACCGCACGCCGACCUCUGACCCCGGGCCGCCGCACGCCGACCUCUGACCCCGGGCCGCCGCACGCCGACCUCUGACCCCGGGCCGCCGCACGCCGACCUCUGACCCCGGGCCGCCGCACGCCAACCUCUGACCCCGGGCCGCCGCACUCUGACCUCUGACCCUGGACUGCCGCACGCCAACCUCUGACCUGCGACCCUGGACCGCCGCACGCUGACCUCUGACCCUGGACUGCCGCACGCCGACCUCUGACCUGUGACCCUGGACCGCCGCACGCUGACCUGUGACCCUGGACCGCCGCACGCCGACCUGUGACCCUGGACCGCCGCACGCCGACCUCUGACCCUGGACUGCCGCACGCCGACCUCUGACCCUGGACCGCCGCACGUCAACAUCUGACCUGUGACCCCGGACUGCUGCACCCUGACCUCUGACCCCGGGCCGCCACACGUCGAACUCUGAACCCGGGCCGCCGCACGUCGAACUCUGACCCCGGGCCGCUGCACUCUGACCCUGGACCGCCGCACGCCGACAGCUGACCUGUGACCCCGGACUGCUGCACCCUGACCUCUGACCUGUGACCCCGAGCCGCAGCACGUUGACCUCUGACCUCGGGCCGCCACACGCUGACCUCUGACCCUGGGCCGCCGCAUGCCGACAUCUGACCUGUGACCCUGGACCGCCGCACGCCGACCUCUGACUCCGGGUUGCCGACCUCUGACCCUGGGCCGCAGCAUGCCGACAUCUGACCUCUAACCCCGGGUCGCAGCAUGCCGACAUCUGACCUCUGACACCGGGCCGCCUCACGCCGACCUCUGACCCCGGACUGCCGCACGCUGACCUCUGACCUGUGACCCCGGGCCGCAGCACGUCGACCUCUGAUCCCAGACCGCCGCACGCUGACCUUUGACCUUUGACCUCUGACCGGCCUGCCGCGGCCGGCUGUGAAGUUUACGAUGACCCGAGACGUGAAUUGUUUACGGUUUCUGCGGCGCUUCGGCCGUCUGGACGUCGCGUUUUUCUCGUUCGUCUCCACGAGUUUUUCAUCUGUCCGUUUGAAACGGCAGAACUGAGACGUCGGUUUGGAGACGGCGUCCGUAGCAACCACAAGUGUUUCCAUAGCAACCAGAAGGUGCGAGGUUUCCCUUCAGCGCGGGUGGUGAGUGUUCAGUGGCGCCCCCGCUGGUGGAGGAGCGACUCACACUGAGCACCGCUUCUUAAACUCAACCUUUUCAAAUGCUUCAUUACAAAACCGUUUAAGUAAAAAUAACUAAAAACUUUUAGAACAAUUCUGAAGUUUGUUUUUCUAUUUUCAUUCACUUUUUUGCAGAAAUGUCCCAAAAAAUCAUAAAAAA